AUGAAGGAGCUUUUUACAGGUGUUGAAUCAAACGAGGUAAAGGUCAGGCGGCUCAAAAUGUACAUGGAAAGUGGAGGGUUCCUUGAGAUACUUUUCUCUCCGCAAGAAUUUCUCGAGCCAUUGGUUUUGUUUGCUACGCAGGUACUCAACAGCAUAGAACCUGAGAAGAAGUCAUCAUUUAUGUCCGGAGGAAAUGAGAUGAGGUAUACUCUUCUUAGACUUCUGAACAAAUUUUCUUUGAAGGACAUUCGGAGUAUGGGGUUGGUACAUGCCCUUCACAAUGUACUUCGAAACGACAACCUCCCAAAUGCGAUUCUGUCGUUGAAGGCGCUAGGCUCCUUGAGCAGGUCAGGGGUUAUCACCGGAGAUCUGAUAGAUGUGCACAUAGGGGUGCUUUUAGGAACUGUUCACGAUCUCUUUGCUAAUAUGGAAAAUGGAGACGAAAGCCUUACGGAGAUAUCACUGUUUACCCUUACUGAGAUAUUGACACAUGCCAGGGCUUUUUUCCAUGGCCUAGAGUAUCAUGCCACCAAGAUCGAUCAAUUUCUGGCCCGUGUGUAUGGGUACGUUAGGAGGGUUUUUGAGAACAGAAGAUUUAUGGAUGGGAUAGUACACAAAAGGAUGUUUUCAAUAAGCAUGUGCUCUGGAAUCUGUAGCCUCCUCAAGCUGACAUAUGAGCAGCUCCCCAUCGUGUCGAAAUCUGGACCCUACCAUAUGCUUGCCUCCGAGGCUGCAUUUGCUGGGAUGUACUACUGUCCCUCUGAGAUCUUGGAUCUUAGAAAGGAGAUAUACAUCUUGUUUACCAAAAUGUGUGUGGGAAACAAGGAUAUGGUUCUUCCCAUGAUGGAUAAAAUAUAUAUGGUUCCGUUUCUGUUCUCACCAGAUGCAUUGCCCAUGAACACUAAAGGAGUUAGAAUGCUGAACGACAUGCUUGGAUAUGUGAAAGAGGGUCUUAGCAAGGCGGCGUACAUGGAGUUUGGAUCGAGAGUGUCUAAUGUUCUUUUUUUCUCUUGUUCCUUAAUCAAGAAGCUAUCUAAAGAAGUUUCAGAAGGCAGUGAUAUGGGGCUAUUGGGAGGGGGGAAUGUGGAGGACAUAAUUGAGCAGCACAUUGAAGCUCUAUGUGUUUGUCUAGAGGCUGUAGAGAAUAUAUGCAAAUACUUUGGAAACAAGGCCGGGGAUGUGACGGAACUUUAUGAGGUUUAUCUCAGGAGUUUUUACGACAUGAAAGACGGGUUUGAAGGAAUUAAAGGACUGGCAGGAUUGGUGUCUUCUGACAAAAAGGAGGAACUUAAGAAGGCUAUGGCAAGAUUCAUCUGUGGAUUUAGAGAGCUGACCGGACGAAUUGGAAUUCUUGAGAAAUCUGGAAAUACAAUUAUUUUCUCUGUACCUGAGAUCCAUAUACUCUAUGAGAUGUUUGAGGAUUCUUUCGACGUAUUUUCUCAUGAAUUCUUAUGCCAGGAGCAAAGGAUCGAAGGGUUCUUCUCUGUGCUGACACUUAUUAGGGAGAACAUUGCUAUUGACAUAAUCAAGUGCUGUUCGGAAAGAAUUCUGGAGUAUAGUAAAAAGAACAAAGAGUUUUUUGGAAUAUGGAAGCUGGCCAGCAGUUCUGCAGUUUUAGGAAAUACACUCAGUAUGUACAUGCUCCCCCGGCUUGUUGAUGAGCUUAACGGCGGAGACUUUGACUUUGUCAAAAGGGCAAUGAAAUACAUUGUCCCGUUCUUUGGAAAUGACAUAAAGAAGAUAAAACGAGUAAAUACGUUCUUCAUGCACAGAAUAAUUUCUACGCUGAUGACUGCUAAUCCCAAGAACAUACUGCAUUUCGAGGUUCUACUGGAGGUUUUCAAUAUUUUUGGGUCGAUGGCAGAGAAGAGUAGUUUCUUUCAGAAAUACAUCUUUGACAAUUUUCCAAGAAUAGUCGAGCAUCUUAUGAGGCUCUAUGAGAAUCAAGGCAGGGACAUAUUCAUAGAGAUGAUAUUUGCAUUACCAAUAAGUAUCAACCUGCUUGAGUCGGACAUUCAGUUUCUCAUAAGACCCAUUGAAAAGGCAUUGAUGCUGAACAAGGCAAUAAAAGUCAGGGCACUAUCGAUCCUUGUAUACGUUAUUGAUUUUUCGACUCCAGAAAAGAUUACAGGGCUCGAGAGAACAUGGAAAAGCAUAUUGAAGAGCGUUGUGCGAGAUCUUAAGGAUAAAACUGUAUCAUAUUUAUGCUCGAGAAUAUUAGGGAAGCUCAAGACCUAUCACAAGAUAUUUACUAGAGACUACGAAGGGUUUAAAGAGACAAAUGAGGAUUUGCAGCUCAUAAGGCUUGUUAUAGAUGGAAAGCAUGGGGUUCCUGCACAUCUUUUGUUUUUCGAUGCAGUGCAGAAAAUAAGAGGGGCCUUCGAACCAUCUGAAGACGAUUUUGGAUCUGAGAGGUUUCUUAUCAGGUUUAGGAAAAUAGGUCCCAGGAGUAAUGAGGAGGAAGCCAGGGAUGCAGCAUUCAGACUUAUAACAAAUGUGAUGUAUCAUCUUAUGGGAUGGGGAUUCUUUAAGAAGGAUUUGGUCGUGAAAUGCUAUACCGGGCUUCUUGACGAAAUGAAGGAGGUAAGAAAUGUGCCUGAUGCAUUGGAUUGCGUGUACUCCAUUCACGGGAUCAUUUCAUCUUUGUGUGAUAGAAAGUGCUCGGAUAGUCAGCAUCUGGCUCAAUACAUAUACGACGGGAUUCUUGCACUCUUCAGCUGUCAUGGAACUCCUUUUGAAAAGAAGGCUCAAGAGCUUCUUCAUUCGAUCUUUGGAACUGUGUUGCUUAUCAGGAUAUUUUCAUUCCAUGGGUUUAAAAGCAAAAGCUUCAGAGUUCUUCUCAACACGGACACGUUUUUGGAUGCACUCAUUGAAUCAUUUUCUGAUGUUGAGAACCCGAUGCCGUUCAAGAUUCUUUCCAUCAUGUUUGCUCAAAUGUAUGAGCUCCUUGGAAACAAGUCUGAAUACUUCUGCAUCGAGAUGUAUGGAAGUAUUUUUUCAAGGUUCAAGUUGAUGUGCAGAUCGUCCGGUAAAAAGUGUAGGGAUUCCGGGAUCAAUGGGAUGUUAUGUCUUGCAGCGACCAUGCCUACUAGGGAGCUUGUGAUGCUUCGGAUCCCCGAGGACUCGUUUUCGCAUACAUACCUGUAUCUUCUUCCUCGAGGAUCCGAAGACUUUUCUCUUCCACUCAAGCUUGUCAUCUUCAUUUUGAGAUUCAGGUACAGAGGGAUCAGAAACUAUUUGCUUUCUGAGGGAACUGAGAGAUACUUUAUGACAUCGCACUUCAGACCAUUUGUGGCCGGGCUUUUUGAUAACAGGAAGGACGUUGCAGAGUUUUCCAAGGCUGUGCUUCGAGAGGUAUUCCAGAGCUAUGGACCCCAGCUUCUGGAGAAGCAUAAAGACAUAGUAUUUGGGUUUUUUAAGAAGGAGUAUGUGAUUGAAAGUAGGGCUAUGAUGAUAAUGCAUUUGAAAGCAUUUGUAUUCUGUGUACAGGAGGGAAAAUGCCCGUUUGAUGAUUGUGAGAUGAAAUAUAUUGUUGAGAAGUUCUUGGACAGUAUUGCAAGCAACAGUGAAUGGAAGGGAACAGAAGGAAUUCAUAUGAACUUUGAUUGCCGAGAAAGAAACGAAAAGAUGGAUGGAGAGAAGUUGUGUGGAUGUGGCAUGAAGCCAAUGGAAAGUGAAGAAGACAUAGGGGUUGUUCUAGGAGGUGUUUACAAGAAGUUAUCAGAACUAUCUAUGAGAGACUUAAUGGAGAUUGCCCUGAAGAAUACAAUGGAUGUGUUCUGUGGAAACUGCAAGAGGGAGGCAUAUAGGCAUAGGGAAGUGCAUUCUCUACGGUUCAAUAAUGAAGCAGAAGAGCUGAUGCAUUGGAUAAGGGAGUUCUACCUGCUUGUUAUUAAACAUAGGAAGUCCUUUGAGGAGAUAAGGAUGGGGGGUCUAUAUCUGUUAAGAUAUAUUUCGGAUGACACCACGGAUUAUCUUCGAGCGGCAUACGAUGCCAAACCUCAGGAGACAGAAAGUGUGAUAACCUCAGAGGUUGAGAGGUGCUUAUCUGAGAAAGUUGAUUACAAGGUACUUAAUAUGCUGCAGUGUGUUCAUUCCACAGAUAGAAUUCCUGAGAAUCCUAGAAUAGGAAUGUUGGUUCUGAAGAUCCUGAAAGAGUUCCGGGUGCCCAAGGAGUUUGCCAUUAUUGCCCAGAAUGAUAAGUAUUCUAUGCUAGCAAGGGCAUAUGAGAUAGGGAUCUAUCUUAAGAACCAGGAAGGGUUGUGUGGUGAGAUCCUAGAGACAUACUUUGCCUUGGAUGGAUAUGUUAAGAGCUAUACUUCGAAGAUAUAUCCUCAAAUGAUCAAGUAUGUGGAAUCCCUUGGGCCACAGUUUAUAAGCUGCAUGUUUAGAAGAAUCCAGGAUCCAUCAGCCUACAACUUAUGUUCUCGCCUAUGCAAUGAUUCUCAAAAACUAAGAGGAAUAGUAUCUGGAAUGAAGGACAGGCUUGCAGAGAGGAUAUCGCAAAUAUAUUGCAGGCUGGAGGGAAACGAUUCUGUAGACAAGAGUGUAUUUGUAUAUUCUUAUAGACUUCUUAAUCUUGUUGGAUACGAAAUGAAACCUGCAGACAUUCAGGUUAUUCUUGGAAUUUAUGGGGAUAUGAAAGCCAGACCUAAGUAUAGCAUUGAGAUGAGAGGAGUGAUUAGCAAGUGCAUCAACAGGUUUUCUCCAGAGAAUCUUGAGAUGCUGUUCAAGCUGGAUCCAUGGUUUGUGUCGGUGGAUGGAAUAGAUCCGAGGCAUCUUACCAGUGGCCUCUCUUCUCAGGCUCUUCGAGGAAUUGUUCGAAGUAUUGACAAAGGAAAUAUUCUUACGCUCGAAAGGUUUGGAUCUUCACUAGGGGAAAAUGGACAUAUUUUGAUUGAGCUGUUUGUGGAACUGGGGAUCAGAUCUGAAAGUCUUAUUGGAUAUUGUAAGGAGAACUUGCACAACACAAACCUUAGGGGGCUUUUAUUGUAUUACCUGUGCACAUUUGAGCCCUUGUACAUCUACUUUGAGGUUUUGUUCAAGCUUCCAUAUGAGGAUAGGAAAUACACGCAGUAUUGCCUAGAAAGGGUUGUUGAUGCCUUUGAUCCUCUUCUCUUUGAAGAAAUAAUUCUGAUUGUACUACGGUCUGAGGUGAGGUUUAAGACAAGCUUGUGGAUUCUGUUUCCUUUGCUUUUGUCUCGCCCAAGACUUAUCACCAGAAAGAUUGCUCUUGAGCUCUUAGGGUCGGUUCAUAAGCUCCUAAGCUCUUCUGACCUGGUCCAGCAAGAAAUGGGAUUCAAGUUAUUUGGGAUUUUACAUGAUAAGUGUUCUAUAAGAGAUGGGACAAGGGCCGGAUCUGUGGACCAUUGCCAGAUGAUUAGGAAGGCAUAUACCUUUGUGUUUGUGAGGUUUAUACAUACGGACUUGAAUUUGCCUGCAGACCUUUUUGGGAGGUAUAAUCUAGAGCUUGCCUUUGAACUACUAGAAUAUUCUCCUAAGAGAUUGAAUUUCAAUAACCUGUUUGGGUUUCUUGAGGCUGAGGUAAAUAGUAAGAAGAGUGAAGAUUAUAAGAGUUGUUUCUUGAGAAGUAUUUGGACGAUUAUAGCACCUCACUUCAGGUCAAGGGCUUUGGGAAUCCAGGUUAUCAAGUAUCUUAUAGACAUGGAUAUAUGGAACUAUAAGUCUGUUUCUGAAGAACUAGGAUCUGUUUCAUAUGACUGUAAUACGCUGUAUAAUCUUCUUUGCCUACUUUGUGAUAGGGUUGGAGAAAGAGGGAGUGGAAGUGAUGGGGAUUGUGAAGACAAUAUCAUAGACAUGGAAAUAUGCUUGGAUACGAUCAAGUACUUACUCAAAGAGUACAGUAAAAAUAGAAAGGAUGAAAUCCUGGGAUAUGUGGAUAAAGGGCUUGAGAAGGUGCUCCAUGUUCUGUCUUUAUUUUCUGGAAUGAAGGAUGUUGUGUGCUCGGCAUCCAAGUUUCUUUUAGAAGCUUUUGAAGACAAGCACACGAGUGUAGAUCCCUUAGUAGGUAAGAUAAGCUUCUUUAUGUCUGAUUUUCGAGUAACUCUUGCAGAUAAGAUUGGGAUGGUGUGUCUCCUGAAUAGCAGGGGAUACGAUGCUGAGUUUCUUAGUGAGGUGCUGCUUCCUGUCUUCAGUAGUUAUCGCUAUUCUGAAGCCAAGUUUCCAGACAGUCUGCAAAAGUUCUUUAUGAAAGGUCUUUCUUCCAGAAACAAGGAUCUGAGGAGCGGGUAUCUAGAUCUAAUGAACCGGACUAUUCCUAUGAACAAGUAUCUAAGACUUCGGUGCCUUCUAGGCUUGGAGUGGAGGUACAGUACAAAUCCCGGAUAUGUCAUUGCUUCUAUGAUGAUAUCAUCAUGCUAUAAGACUGAGAUAGUUGCAGAUAAGUAUUACGGGAUUAAGCCGGAUGUUGAGGUGGAAUAUCCUUGGACCCUACAGAAGAUGAGCUCGAAGGGUAUUGUGGACAAAUGUAACGGGUUUAAGUUGAUUAUGAAUCUCCUUGAAGAUAUUGAUUUGUAUAAGUCUAGAAUAACAAGGCCUGAUCUCCUUGACAUUCUAUAUCAUUUUGAUGAUUCCAUACUGCCUAUAUUGAGUGGGAUUCUGAAGACUGUGGUGGCUGAAUUUGAUAAGGAUCAAUGCAGGAAUGUGUUUGGAAGCCUUGUUAAGUUUUGUUCGGGGAUCAAGGGAGAUGGAAAGGUUCUUGGAGCAGUUAUUAGGGGCCUUGAGACGAUCUACAAGUACAAUGACUUGUCUGAGUUGAUAGAAGUGUUCAAAGGAGGAGAUGGAUGGGCCACUCUAUUGAGAUAUGCAAACGAUAGACAAAAGGUAGAGAUAUAUAGAAAGUUGAUGAACAAUGACGAGUAUUUUGGAAUAUCUCGGUCUGUGUGCAGCUUCCCUGAAACCAUGCAGGCAUACUUUCUUCAGCAGAUAGGAAAGACAAAGGAAGCACAAUUUCUUUAUGAAGAAAUACAAAGAAAGGCGAGUGAACACAAAAUAUCUUUCAAUGAGAGUGAAUAUAAGGCAUGGCAGGACGAGUGGAUCAGAUGUGCAAGGGAACUACAGCAAUGGGAUGUGUGCUAUGAGGUGGGGAUGGAAACUGGAGACCAUUUGUUAAGUGGGGAGUCAUUGUGGCAUCUUUCCAGUUUUACAUCUCAGGAAGCGAUAGAAAAGUUCAAAGAUGUAAUUGAUAGAGGAAGGAAUGUAUUUGAAAAGGAAUUCUAUAACACAUUUGCAAGCACGUUUAUGAAGUAUUCGGCAGAAAAGAUUAAGGAUAUCUUGGCAAAGAACAUUGCAGAGCUCAGGAACUAUCCAGCAGAGAGUGGAGCAAGGUCUAGGCUCCUUACAUAUCUCCAGAUCAUAAUAGAGAUGGUUGAGGCCGAGCCCAUACUCAACGAUAGGUUAGAUGCGGCGGAAGCCCUAACAUCAAUAUUAUUCCGAUGGAAGGAUAAAGAGCCGUCGACAUAUGACUCCUUUGAGCAAUGGAGUUUGUUUAGGACAUGGAGAAGGCAUGUAUAUUCUCGAUUAGGGAUGAUUGAGAAGGUGGAUAACGAGGAGAUGAUGUUCAAGUUGUCAGGAGGGGGGUACCUAGAAGAGACGGUGGGGCCUUCUGGAGGAGGAGGGCCUACGGGAUCUAGUUUAUUUUCUCCAAAAGAAGUGGUUGAAAGCAGUAUAAAGACAAGAAAGGAGUUGGUAUCUAAAGGAGCAAGUGAAUUAGCCAAAAUAUUAAAUGCAUUUUCCAAGGCAGCCAUUGAUAGGGGAUACUAUGAUGCAGCAUUGUUUCAUCUUAAAGAAGUGUUUGACCUGAGUAGUGUUAAGGUAGGAGAUGCAUUCCAGAAAGUUGUUUAUGAGCUUCUUUGCUUUCUUGGAAAGAAGGAAUAUAAGAUAGGAGCCGACCAAUGUGUGUCAGCCAACAUCCAGCACUUCAGCGAUUCCCAGAGCUCUAUUUUGUUCAACCUAAAGGGCCUGUUCAGUGAGAAGCUUGGAAAGGUUUCUGAUGCCGAGAAGUUCUAUCUGCAAUCUGCACAGAUAUGCAAUGUGGUGGGAGAGAACUGGCUCACAUGGGGAAGCUUUCUGUUUGGCAGAGCUGACAAGGAAAGUGGAGGUCCAAAGGAGGAUGCUUUUGUUGCACUACUUCAGGCGAUAGCUUACUGUAGUGGUAGAAAAGCAAGGAGAGGGAUUCUCAAGAUGAUUCUCCUUAUGGAUAAGUAUUCUUCAUUAUGUGAUACAGAGACAUUCCAUAAAAUCCUUCAAGAAAUUGAUGUCUCGAGAUUCAUAUACUUCAUUCCCCAAUUAAUAGGAUUACUAGAAAAAGAGGAUUCUGAGCUAGCACAGGUUAUACUUUCUAAAAUAUCUGAGGAACAUCCACAAGCGGUCAUGGGGCCUCUUAAGGCAGCCAAGGAAAGAAUAAAAAGAACUCUAUAUCCUAGAAAGGAAGACACUGAAUGUAAGAUGCAAAGAUAUAAGAAGAUGGAGAACAACCAUAAUGGGAUUUCCAAGGUAAGGCCGAAUGAGCAGCUCCUUGAGAAGAGGUGCUUCUUCUUGGAAAACAUUAUGCACAUAUACAAUCGGAUAAGAAAUACCCGGGUUGGAAAGGAAUUCUGGAAGAUCCUUCAUUAUCUUCACAACUCAUUCAAUUCUCAUAUCUUCAAAGAAGAGGAACUUGUGUACCUAGAGAUUGAAAGGAUAUUUGAUAGUGCAGUGUUGCAUGUCAUGGAUGGAGUUGUUCCUUCUGGACCUGGGCAUGCUAUGCUUCUGAACGAACUGAUUUCUUGUAUUUCUCUUUCCUCUUUGAGCAAAGGAUUCAAGGAGGAGCUUAUAUCUUCGAUUCUCGGGAUGAGAUGCAUAUGCCCGCUGGAGAACAUCGAUGAAAUGGUUCGCUUCAAAAGCAAAAUACAGGAGGUUGUUGAGGAGUCUUUCUACAAGAUGGAUAAGCCUGAGGAAUCUGAAGUCAAUCUGUUGCUUUACAGGUCUUGCCAUGAGCAUAAGAUGCUUGGUCAGUACUCCGAAAUAAGAAGUAGUUACAAGAACCUUGUGAGUAUAGAGAUGUUUGAGUCAAGACAAUCGUAUGUGUAUAGAAAAAAGAUGGGGUGUAACCGAAUUCAUGUGAGAGGAAAUGAUGGGAGAGUAUAUAGAUAUGAGAUGAAGGGGUUAUUGAAGACUAGGUUCUCUGAGCUUGCUAUUCCCCAACUGUCUCUGAUGAUUAACGAAGCCAUGGGGGAGGAGCCAAAUCUGUGCAAAAGAGGAGCAGAGCUAAAGUUAGACGUUCCAUUCGUUGUUAGUGAAGUUCUCGUAAUGAAAUGGAUCAAGGAGCCUGUCUAUUAUGUAGACUCUAUACUGGAAGAAGGGCUUUGUAAAUAUAACAUAAGCAUUGACCAGUGUGUACUCCUCUAUCUCAACCAUUUUGCAUCUAUCUACGAGGUAAAAGAAAACAGCCCUGGCCACUUCGAAAGUAGAUAUGAUCUGAGUCGAGGGCUUGUUAGGAGUAAGAAGCCUGUAACUCUAGAAGACGAAUGCCCUAACAUAAGGAAGAGGGAGAAGGUUUCUAGGGACGAAGAGUCGGAUGAGAACUUCAUCAAUAAUGCUAAGGCCAGUAUUGAAAAGCAAAGAGAGAAGUAUGUUAGCAAUCUGAAACAAAACAAGGUUGAAUGUCUCGGGUGCAAUGAAAAGGGUGAAGGGAUUGCUCCAUGCACCUACAAGUAUGAGGCUUCUAAACGCCAAAAGUAUAUAGCUUACGAGAAGAUGUAUAAUACCUUUAAAGUAUGCAACUUUCUUGAUGAAUAUCUCAGGUCUAUUUACGGAUGUCUGGGAGGAUAUUUCAGAUUCAAGGAUAGACUUCUUUCGAGUUAUUCGGUGAAUAGUGCCUUUCUGUACAUGCUCUCGAUUGUGGACAGGAGGCCUAGGAAUAUUGUAAUCACCAAAGCCAGUGGACAGUUCAUGAACAAGGACAUCUGCUACGAGGACUCAGAGCUGGCAAACAGGGGGAAGGGCGGAGUUAUAGGGCCUGGAUACCAAAAGCUCUUUAGGAAGGAGGGGAUAGAAGGAGUGAUGCUGUCUAUUAUGUACUAUUAUGCAGACAUGAUGAGUAAAGAGGACUGGAGCAAGGAUUUACUGAAGGUCGUACUUGAAGGUAAGUUUAUGGACAUGACAGAUGAAGGGCUGAGAGGAAUCCAUAAGGUAAUACUAGGUAAAAUUGCAGAGAUGACUGGGAAGGGAGAAGAUGGAACUUACAAUUUGAUCCCAAUGGUUAGCGAAUGGAUGGAUGUGUUCAAGAUGGCACAGGUAGAUCCAAGGCAUAUGUCCUGGAUGUAA